ACCAUGGGCCGCUGUAGUUUGAAAUAGCCGCUGUACCAGUUAACUGUCAAGGGAUAUACGACACUGACGGAGGAAGUGAGUUGUUGCGUCCGACGAAGAGGAGGGUUUUCCGGUUAAAGUUUCCUUUGUGAUUCGGAAGUGUCGGUGUGAUGCCAAAGCUGUUUACCGUCACAGAAACACAACAUACAGGGCCAAAGACCAUGACAAAACCAGUUGAAGCUGUGUUCUUCUGAAAUGGGUAAUCGCCUCUGAAGGAAUUCAUAGCAAAGGUCUCUCCAUCACCCUGGCAACUUCACACCCACACGGAGGGGAGGAGCCGAGUCCUGGAAGUAUGGAAGUCAGUGGGACGCCAGGCUCUGCCUCGAGCCCUCAGAGCGAGGCAGUGACCAAUGAGCUUCAGGAGCUGUCUCUCCAGCCUGCUGCCAACCUGCUGCCUCUGCAGGAGCGCAAGAACGUCCUCCAACUCAAACUCCAGCAGAGACGAACACGGGAGGAGCUGGUCAGCCAAGGGAUCAUGCCACCACUGAAGAGCCCGGCAGCCUUUCACGAACAGAGGAGGAGUCUGGAGCGAGCCAGGACCGAAGAUUAUCUGAAGAGGAAGAUCCGUUGUCGUCCUGAACGCUCAGAGUUGGUCAGGAUGCACAUUCUGGAGGAGACAUCUGCAGAACCUUCUCUUCAGGCCAAACAGCUGCAGCUGAAGAGAGCCAGGCUGGCCGACGACCUGAAUGACAAGAUCUCCCACAGACCUGGUCCCAUCGAACUGGUUCACAAGAACAUCCUCUCUGUUAGCUGCGCUCCUCAGCAGUCACCAGAGGCUGGAGGAGAGAGCUCAUCUUUAGAUGAAGACAGCAGCGAUGCUCUGUCGCCAGACCAGCUGACCAAUCACGACUCUCCACUAAGUGCCGUCCCUCAGUUGUCCCCCUGUGGCGUACCCACCCAGAGUGGAGACAUGUCUCCCACACAGUUCCUGACUCAGCCUCCGCCUCCUCCACCUCCUCCACCACCUGUACACCUGAUAAAUGGGUCAGACUCAUCUGCACUCCCAAAAUUGACAAACGGAACGACAAUGACUUCACCAAGUUCCCGCUCCUCCAGUGGACAGGUCAAGACAAAGACGAGCUCAGAUCGUCCUCCACACAGACCCAAGAAAUCAAAGGACAGCAAACCCAAGGUGAAGAAGCUCAAGUAUCACCAGUACAUCCCUCCAGACCAGAAAGCAGACAAGGAGCGUCCACCGCAGAUGGACUCGUCUUACGCCAAGCUACUCCAGCAGCAGCAGCUGUUCCUGCAGCUGCAGAUCCUCAGUCAGCAACAGCAGCACUACAACUACCACACCAUCCUGCCUGCCCCUCCCAAGCCUACGACAGAACAGACCCCCACCACCAGCUCUGGUCCUUCCCCCUCCCGCAGCGUUCCUUCCACCACCACCACCUCAGCCCCCUCUGCCCAGAGUUCAGCUGCCCGUCAGUGCCAGCUUGCUGCAGGAGGAGUCAAACCCAGCUUUCUGCCGGCCAACCUGGACGAGUUUAAAGUUGCUGAGUUGAAACAAGAACUGAAAUUACGUGGUCUCACAGUCUCAGGCACCAAGAACGACCUAAUCGAGAGGCUUCGUAACUACCAGGAGCAGAACGGCGGAACCACUGUGGCGCUGAAAAGUGGAACGGUGCUUCCCAGCCUGCAGGGAGCUAACGCAGCAGUUAGCUCCAGCACCUCCUCUUCAAACACAACAGUAACACCGGAGCCGUCGUCAGAGACCAAAGUCUUACUAGCUUCCAGUAUUUUUGCUCAUGCCGUUCCUGGGAGAGUCAUGAGGUUCGGCAGCACCAGCUCCAGCCCCCCUGUGUCGCCUUCACCUUCAGAGAGGUCGUUGGCUGGCAUGAGUCCAGAUGAAACUAGCUGUAAUGGAGACAUGUUUGGAGAAAUGGUGAGCUCUCCGCUGACCCAGCUUACGCUGCACCAGUCCCCACAAUCCUCGUCAACUAUCUCUCCAUUCUCCAAUUCUCUCUCAAAGGUCAAAGACGAAAUCCAGAGCCCGUGCAGUCUGUCCAUGUCUGCAGCAGUCUCAUCCCAGCGUCCAGAGUCUCUGCCAAGUGCAGCGGUGGACAAGGAUCAGAUGCUCCAGGAGAAGGACAAACAGAUUGAGGAGUUAACAAGGAUGCUGAGGCAGAAGCAGAAGCUUGUGGAGACACUCAGGUCUCAGCUGGAGCAGGGGAAGGUGACCAGUGGGGUGUUUUUGAAGAAAGAUGCAAAUGAGGUCAAAUCAAACACGGAAGUUAAACUCCAGACUCUGAUCAAAGCCUCAGCCAUUCAGCCUCCUACUCUCCCUAAUGGUGUUGUUGUGACAGUUAAGAAGGAGGAGGACUCUGAGGAAGAGAUGGAGGGACUAACGGAUGACACCCAGACGAAGAAGGAGGUCCAGCCGAUGCAAUGCUCCCAGGAAACUCUGCUCAGGCUGCAGCAGAUUCACCGGCUACAGGUUCAACAAGCGGAGCAGCAGAAGCAACAGCAACAAACCAAACAACAACAACAACAACAGCACCCUCAGACGCAGCAGCAGGCGUCAGAGCUGAGAUUGAACCCGACUCAGAGACAGCAGAAGAAGGAAGCUCAGAUCCUGCUCCAGCAGCAGCAGCAUCUCCAGCAGCUCAUCAUCCAGCAGACGCAGCAGAAGCAGCUGCUGGCCCAGCAGAAGUUAGCGCAGCAGAAACUGGCCCAGCAGAAGCUGCUGCAGCAGAACCAGCUCAAGCAGCUGCAGGGGCAAGUUCAGCAGAGCCAGCAGAAGAACCAGCCUCAGGUGAAGCAGGUCCAGGUUCAGAUCCAGAACCAGACCAAGCCUGCAAUCAGUCAGAACCAGCAGAGGAGGCAGCUGAAAGCUCAGCACAGACAGCAGCAGAAACAACAGACGACGGCUGUGGCCACACAACAGGUGACUCCGGUCUUCAUCAACCAACAGAACGGCACUCAGGUCCACACUCAGGCCAUUUCAUUAGACCUGCUCAAGGCCAACGGAGCCCCAACACUGGUCACCGACAGCAACGGCAACCACUAUUUAAUUGCUCUCACCAGUCAGGCAACAGAGGGACAGAAUGGAGUGUCCUCAUUGGCCAAAACCAACGGACGCAUCACACUGCAGAGAUUGCAGUCCACCCCGACUAAACUGCCCAGCACUGAGAGCCAAUCAAAAGAGCCAACUCAGCCUGUGCCUGUGAGCCAACCAAUCAAAAAGGGACAGAAGGUGGCGCUACACCUGGAAACUAACGGCGUUCCACAGUCAACUCAGUCAGUCACUGCUCCUCCCAACCUGCAGCCGUUCUUCGAUGACCUGUCAGAGAGCGAAAGCCAGAGCAGCCUGAUCUCCUCCCUCAAGAGUGAGGAGCUGUGUCCUCCUUACGACCGGCACACCCUCUUCACCCCUCCCUCUCCCAAACCCAACAUCUCCCUUCCUACUCAACGCUCCAAAGACAACGGGGUGAACAGUCAGCAGAUGGACGACCUGUUUGACAUCCUGCUCUUGUUUGCAUGCCGCUGAAAGGGGGAGGGAAAAAACUGACAAGAAUUCAAACACCAACUCCUCAUUGACUCUGGAGCUCCAGCACUAAUUCAGUCUUCAUCUCCUCUAACAGAAAUCCCAGGUUUCAAGGCCAACCCGGACCCCUCCCUGGCCCACCUCCACUCUAACCCUCCAUCUCCCUCGUCUCCACCAUCUCCCCUUCACCUCUCUCCUCCCACACCUCCACAGCCUAUUAUCUCUCCUCAGUCUUCAGUGACAGAGCGCUGCACAGGAAGUGGACGCCUGGAGGACUUCCUGGAGAGCACCACCGGCACCCGUCUUCUGGGCAUGGAGCCGGAUGUUGGGCUCACCCUCAUCGAUGACCUCCACAGCCAAAUGCUGAGCACACCCAGCAUCCUGGACCACCCUCCCUCCCCUAUGGACACAUCCGACCUGGGCUUCUCCCCCCAUUCUACGGGGUUGGACUUUGGCGACCCCACCUUGGACAGCAUGGACUGGCUGGACAUCUCCAUGGUUGGAAGCACUGCUGGUGGGAACACGGUCGGCGGAUUGGGGAGAGGGGGAGAAGGCAGUGUUAACGAAGGUGACAGCGGGACCAGUCUGGCCCCACUGGCCCCUCAAACACCUCCCAGCGUCUUCUCUGCAGAUUUUCUGGACAGCACAGACCUGCAGCUGCACUGGGAGUCAUGUUUGUAACAAUGGGACACACACGCACACACUGCGUACAGGCUCUGUCUCUUACUUCAUGCACAUACAGAAACCUUCUUCUAUGCUGUCUCUAUCACUGCAGGGGUCACUGGCAUAUGCCAACACACACACACACGAUUCUGUCUUUCACUGGGGUUCACUGAGAGCACGGUGAGGUCAAAGAAAGGGACUUAAACCUGGUGGAACUAGUGUGAACUGUUACUUCUACGGGGAUUCUUACCGCAGCAUGCACGUAAAAUCCUCUCGUGUCUUGAACUUCUUUAUCACCUGCUCCUGAGGAGCUAAGUGUUGGUUUGACGAUUGCUACGUAGCUAAUGCUAAUGUAUAAACAGAAACAGGAAGCUGCAGUUACCCUCAUCGGAGAGCGACCAGGCGGGUCUGGCUGGGCCGGGAAAGCCUGUUUAGCGAGCUUUCUCAUUUUUAUAAAUGUAAACAGAAGAUUAUAACUUAAGCUUUUAGCCUUCAACACAUCUUGUGCUCAUUAGUCAAAUACUUGUGCACUUGGACUGGUGCUGAUUGGUCCUGAAUAUAUUUUGUGCACACUGCAUGUUUUGAAUGCACAUUAUGUAACCAUGACCAUGUGUACGUCAUUGACUUGAAUAUAUCAGUCAUUAUCCCUGAAGUCAUUAUCUUAUAUGCAGACGUUAAAGUAUGUUCAAAUUAUUAUCUUGAACACAAAAUCAUCAUCUUCAACAUACAAGUCGUUAUCUUGUAUGUACAAGUGAUUAUCUCACAGAUAAUUGGUGCACCCAGAUUCAUAUACACACUGCAGUGCUGGCGUCUUUUCAUCUGCACUACUGUUGAAGAUUAUUUUAGAACAAUAAACUUUAACCAGCACUACAGGGACUCUGUAAACUAGUUUAUAAUGAGUUUGAUGCCAAAUGUACUUCUCCAACGCUUCUGUUAGUGUUAGCUAUGUAGCAACUUCAAACCUUAUUUAGCGCUCACAAAAAAAAAAAAAAAAAGACACAUUACUGUAAAACCAUGAAUCUAAUCCUUGGCAAAUGGUUUUGACAGGUGGGAACUGACAGGGGUCCCGGUGUUGUUCACCUGGGCUCCUGUAGAGGGCGAAGCAUGUGUCAGUGCCUCCUAAACUUUGCACUUAUGCUGAAUCUGAAUGGUUUAAUAAAAUAGGGGGCAUUUGGGGUCAGCAGCUACAGCAGCUGAGACUGUUAGAGCUGUUAGCUGGGAGGAUGAAUCGAAAACCACCAGCAGUUUGUUGAAAUGAUCAGCUGAGCCGUCGAUGUGUUGGUGGUGAUGAUGUCACCUCACCAGAGUCACCUUAACCCCGCCCACACUAA